AUGGGAGGCGGCUCGGCUCUGCGGCUGCUGCUGCUGGGCUGCUGGGUGCUGAGCCUGGGGCAGAUCCUGCUGCGCUGCGGCCGCCCGGGGGACGAGCCGGGGCCCUUCACCAUCAUCACCAUCCGCGGGGGGCCCGCCCCGGGCAGCGCCGCCCCCCGCCACGAGGGGACUGGAGCCCCGGCCGGGGGGCCAGGCGGGCGCAGCCCGGGCUCCCUGCAGCGCUACCAGGAUGAGAACGAGAACCUCGGCCAGCCCAAAACCCAGCAGGAGGUGGCCCUGCAGCCCUGGGCCGAUGGCAGCGAGUCCCUCCGAAGCGAAGCCGAACGGUUCCUUACGUACAUCAGCACCCCCCAGCUGCCCUGCUCCCGAGCUCUGAGCCAGGCUGGGCUCCAGGAUUUCACAGCCAGCACUGCCGGGGCGUGGCGAGUUUGCCUAGAUCACAUGCCCACUGCUUCGCUGAAGCUGCAGCAGGAGAGGUGCCUGGUUUAUACCUUCAGCAUGGUCAAAAGGGGCUUGGAGUUCAGCCAGCGGAUGAGCGAAAUGCAGUGCCAGGUACACAGCUUUGGCCUGCCCCCCUACAAGCAGACAGGCCUCUGGCAGAAAGGACAGGUGCAGCACCAUGCGCUGUGGCUAGACUGGCACGAGCGACGCCCGGUCACCUCCUCGCAGAGACGGAGGAGCCCUUCCAAGAGGCUACAUCAGAUCCUGCAGGACUUCGGCCACAAGAAGAUCGACGUGUUGGAGGCAGACUUAGCCAGCGCCGAGUGGAAGAUUUUGGAGAGUAUCCUUGUGGAUGGCACCGUGGCCGCAGUGCACCAGCUGAUCCUCGCCAUCCACCUCCACUGGCCCGGCUUUGAGGUCAGUGGGAGCGAGGCAGCCGUGGUGCGGUACUGGUACAGCCUGCUGAAGGCACUAGAGGCCAGAGGGUUUCGGCUGUUCCAUAGCUUCAAGGACCUGCAGAAGCCACAGCUCUUCCUGCACAAAGAACUCUUCAAUGCCAGCAGCUCCUACACCCUGAGCUGGGUCAACACGUACUGGAUGUACUGA